AUGGUCACUCAGGAUCAUCGAUCCUUACCCGAUGCCGAAACGAAGUGGCCUGCGAGAUGCUCCGAUGGAAUCGGUUACCGGUACCGGCUCGGAGAGAUCGAGGAAGGGAAGUCUCGUCUGAAAAAUUCCUUUCUCCCUUUCUUUAUUCUCUCUUCGCAGGCUCUGGAAAGCUGGAUGUUCCACGUGGAGUUUGUCGCUCUCAGCAGAGAGGCGACUGCCGAAUUCUAUACGUAUCGGGUCCUCUGGAGCGUACCCACGCCGGCGUACCCGGAGCCGUAUGUCACCGUCAGCGUGUUCGUCCACGUCGCGGCGAGUCGUGUGCAGCCGCCGCAUUUUCCAGUUGACGUCUCGUACGUUUUCGAAGGGCAACAAUUUGUGCAUCGCUUGGACAUGGUUUUCAGGCCAAAGUGGCUCUACGACGUUCUCGAUAUGAAAACUAUGUUGUUCAAGACUUUUAUAUUUUGAGAGACCUUGCUCAAUUAAUUAAACUUUGCUUCAAAAUUGAAAUUAAAUACAAAAUAUACAUUCUUACACAGAAUUGUGUGAAAUUGUAAAGCAUCUUAUUACCCGGGAUUCCAAAUGUAACAAUAAAAUAAUAUUCUUUACACGUAGUUGCACGGAAUUAAAAAAUUAAUUAUUAAAAGGAUAAUUAAUAAGAAAAAUAAAAUGCUUAGGAAAAACUUUGCAUUUUGUGUGUGCAUUCGCGAGCGACAAUUCCUGCGAACGCAGAGCUCAUCCCACCGAACGGGUGCAGCUUUUCUGAAGAAAUUAAGCGUCUGCACCGUGCAAACUGUCGUAAAAGUAAGUGUCGGAUUUCCGUGGAUCGGGCACGCGCCGGCCGCAAUCUGGUCCAGCGCACCGGACGCUGGCUCGGGGUUCAGUUAAACAAUAGGAGCAGGUGAUAUCGCCGUAAGAGCGGGCACGCACCGCACAAUCGCACACCGUCAGUUCCAAUCGCACAUUUACGACUUUCGCAUUAAACCAUUAACGCCGGACGUUACAUUUACGGCGCUUUCUUGUCCACAGACGCAGGAAACAGAAACGUAUCGAGGAAAGCGUAGAGUUGCUAAUUAACAUAAUUAACACUUGUGAUUAAUUUCAAUUUUGAUUUAAUGCUUUGCAAUCCUACUUUAUUAAAAAAUUAAGUUAAGGUUGGACAUGUGGCUAUCAGUGGUGGUUGGUGGUCCCAUUCAGUCUCUCCCACGGAGUCGACGCAGCACGUAACGCCGGCCGCAGAAAGAAUCUAUUUACAAUUCCGCGGAAGACACCGAGGAGGUGCGAACCGUGCGUUGGUCCCCGGGCCUCAUUCUGUUCUCCUUUUUUUUCACGAGUUUUUAGCUUUGAGUAAUAAGACCGACGAGAGUGCGGGCGAAACAAUUUAAAAUCUGGAAAGGGCCUUUGCUUGUGCACAUGCGGCCCGAACGAUACCGGGAGGUCUCUAAAUGCCUCAGCAGGAGCCCGAAGGGACGGCGACCCACGUGUCCAGCUAUAUUGAAUUUCCGAUAUGGGUAAUCGUAACUAACAGUUUUGACUUAACUCUGUUUCAGCGGAUUAUCCCUCAGCAAAAUAUCAUCAUCCGCAUUUACAAAAAGAAAUAUUUAAAAAAUAAUGACAUGCAAGGGAGGGAUUGUUGGGUAUUAAUAAUUCUAGUAAAGGAAAGGUAAUUUAUUUAUUUUUCUGCCUACCCCAUAAUCAUCCCUUGGAACAGCCCCAAGACCGAAGAUUGCGACAUAUCCCGCCACUGACACGAUCCGUUUCGCUUGCAUGGCGCUCUCGAAAAAGUUCGACCGCCCGUCGCUUCACAAACAAUCAAUUCGACUUAUGUGGGUCAGAGGCGCGCGAUAUCGGUUUACGGCUGUCAACCGCGGUGGCAAGCAACAACCACCGCCGCCUAUUUAUACGGGCUUUUUGUCAGUCGCGCGGGGUGGUUCUGUCCUAAACAUCACAUCCGCUGGGACGCGGUCCGCUUCCUACGCGCGGCGGGUAACCCGUUGACCGGGAAGAGGAAGAAGAGGAGGAGGUAGGUGGAGGAGUUGGACCGAGAGGCACCACGGCGAAGAAAGAGGGAGAAAAAAAAAGAGCGAGGCCACGACAAGGAACCACCGCCUCGCCUUCCUCUUCGGCGGCCUCAAACAUCCGCUGCACCAGCCGCCACCAGAGAGAGCGAAGAGAGAGAGAGAGAUCGCACGUUUAUUCCUCGCCGCCUCCGAAAGAAGAACAGCUCGCGCUUCAAAGGAACCUCGCCUCCCCUUUCCCCACAUCGGAAGCGAAAGGAUGUAUCUCCCGGUUGUGUUUUUACUCGCGGUCCUCCCGAAGUCUUCGCGCCGUUUCCGGCUCUUCUCGCUGAUGUCGCGUUCCAUCCUGCGGCCGGCGGCGGUCGGGAGUUCAAUUAACUCGUGAGUAGAAACCAUGUGGCACGUCUUAAUCCAGGCUGCAGCCAGCAGAUCCAUCAAAAAGAAGAAGAAAAAAAUCGCGACUACUCGUAUAUGUAAUUCCGCGAAUAAAGGAAAAUUUUUCCCAUUUUUGCAGACAGGCGCCAGAUCUUGCCAGAUCGGGAAUUCGGCGCUCGAUCAUUGUCAUCUUUUCUCGAUUAUGCGUGUAACCGGAGGACCGUGUCGAUCGUAGCCGCGUGCCCCGAAGAGGGAAGGGUCGUGUCGCGAGGGGAUACAUCUGGACCAGGGCGCGACCGGACACGUCGGCCUUCUUGAAGACGAGGAGCGAGAAGGGGGAUGACCGGUGAACGCGCCGUGCGACACGCAUUGUGAGUGCGUACCGGGCCCACGUGCGCCAGUUCUAGCCAGCAAGAGCAGCAGCAGCAGCGGGGCAACUCGUCGAAUCACCAGCUGCCGAUUUGCCGACUCGACUCCUGGAAGCAUGGGAGUCGAUCUAAAAUUAGCGGCCCCGGCGUGGCACCCCCGCCUAGCCCUUACAUGGCCACGUCACGGGCAUGCACUCAGUUACUCGAAAAGAGCAAGACAGAAA